AUGUCAUUGCAACCUGCACCUGUUUCACAAUCCAACUUUCUUUACAAAAAAGUUCCACCAAUAUUACGUGCACCCACUACCAAGUCUAGUGGUAGCAGUCGUUCCUCUUUCUUUUCCUCAUCAGUUAAGUUAGCUGCUAGACCACCGCAACCGCAAGCUUGCUUAUCGUUGAACAAAAACGAUGACUCCAAUACCUCCGCCUCCAGUCUUCCUCCAGGACCAUGGAAGUUGCCUCUGCUAGGUAACAUUCACCAGCUAGUCGGAGCUCUUCCCCAUCACCGCCUAAGAGACUUGGCUAAAGCUUACGGGCCUGUCAUGUCUGUUAAACUCGGAGAAGUUUCUGCUGUCGUAAUUUCAUCAGUAGAUGCUGCCAAAGAGGUACUCAGGACUCAGGAUGUCAACUUCGCAGAUAGACCCCUUGUCCUGGCAGCAGAAAUUGUGCUAUAUAAUCGUCAGGACAUUGUAUUUGGGUCAUAUGGAGAGCAAUGGAGACAAAUGAGAAAGAUUUGCACACUGGAGUUGCUUAGUAUUAAGCGCGUUCAAUCUUUCAAAUCGGUCAGGGAAGAAGAGCUUUCUAAUUUUAUCAGAUACCUUCACUCAAAAGCUGGAUCUCCUGUUAACCUUACUCAUCACUUGUUUUCUUUAACAAAUUCCAUUAUGUUUAGAAUUUCCAUUGGUAAGAAAUACAAAAAUCAAGAUGCACUUUUGAGAGUCAUCGAUGGCGUCAUUGAAGCUGGAGGAGGUUUCAGUACUGCUGAUGUGUUUCCUUCCUUUAAAUUCCUUCACCACAUUAGCGGAGAGAAGUCUAGCCUUGAGGACUUGCACCGAGAAGCAGACUAUAUACUAGAAGAUAUCAUAAAUGAACGCAGAGCCUCCAAGAUUAAUGGUGAUGAUCGAAACCAAGCUGAUAAUCUCUUAGAUGUUAUUUUAGAUCUUCAGGAAAACGGAAAUCUCGAAAUCGCUCUAACCAAUGACAGCAUCAAAGCAGCCAUUCUGGAAAUGUUUGGUGCUGGCAGCGACACAUCCUCAAAAACCGCUGAAUGGGCACUGUCAGAGUUGAUGAGGCACCCAGAAGAAAUGGAAAAGGCACAAAAAGAAGUAAGGCAAGUCUUUGGUAAAGAUGGAAAUUUGGAUGAAACUCGACUUCAUGAAUUAAAAUUCUUGAAGUUAGUUAUCAAAGAAACCUUAAGAUUGCAUCCUCCAGUAGCAUUGAUUCCAAGAGAAUGCAGGCAAAGGACUAAGGUUAAUGGAUAUGACAUAGAUCCCAAAACUAAGGUUCUCGUCAAUGUUUGGGCAAUUUCAAGGGAUCCAAAUAUAUGGACUGAAGCAGAGAAAUUCUACCCGGAAAGAUUUCUUCACAGUUCCAUUGAUUACAAGGGCAAUCAUUGUGAAUUUGCUCCAUUUGGAUCUGGAAAAAGAAUAUGCCCUGGUAUGAACUUAGGUUUAACUAAUCUUGAACUCUUCCUUGCCCAAUUACUGUAUCACUUUAACUGGGAACUUCCUGAUGGAAUAACACCUAAGACUCUUGAUAUGACAGAAUCUGUCGGUGCUGCAAUUAAAAGAAAGAUAGAUCUUAAAUUGAUUCCUGUUCUAUUUCAUCCUUAA